UAAGAUAAGUGCAUACAAAACCUAGCCUGACCUGACGUAGCCUAAACAGUGAGAAGUAUUGUUCGUUGUUUACGUCGUUUGUAAUUCGUGUAAAUUAUUAAUCGAGAUGUCACUUAAAAGAAAAUUAACGCAAGAUGAUCUGCGUAAAGCUAUGAGCGAGCAUAAAAAGAGAGCUGGGACUGUGAAAAAGAUUGAAUCGCCGUUGGCAAAAUAUACAGAUGCAGGGCAGCUUAUGUGUAUUUUGUGCAAAACUGUUGUACGUAGUGAGGCCAUUUGGCCAGUGCAUUUAAACUCAAAAUCUCACAAGGAAAACAUUCUAUCAGCGAAGAAAACAAAAUUAGAUACAGAUACCACAAAAAUUCAAGCCUUUAAAAGGCCUACUUCUCCUUCCCAAGAAUCGUCAGUAAAUAAGAAAAUAAAAGGUAUAUUGAAAAACAGCAAGGCACAAUCAGUACAAGUGUCAUCGAGUUUACCAUCAGACUUUUUUGACAAACCAUCAAAACAAGUUAAUGGUACAACACAAUCGAACGCUGUCGCCUCAGAACAAAAAUCAGAGAACAAAAAGGAGGUAGUGCCUGAGAAAGAUGUGAAAAAUGUAGAAAUUGAAGAAGAAAAAGAAAAGAGCAAAGAUGCGAACCAGGCAUCUCUUCCAGAAGGAUUUUUCGAUGAUCCAGUUCUAGAUGCCAAAGUUCGUAACGUGGAAUAUAAAAAUCCCAUCGAGGAGGAAUGGGAGAAGUUUCAAAAGGUAAUUAAAGAAGAAACUGCACAGUCUGCGCAAAUUAUAGCAGAUGAUCAAGAAGAGGCGACAACAGAAAGGCAAUUAGAUGAAAUAGAGGAACAGAUACGACAUUGGUCUAGAGUAAUGGAUCUCGUGAAACGCAAGGAACAAGUGCAGGCUACUGACAGGAAACAAAAGAAUGCAGAUGACGAUGUCUCCAGCGGAGACGAGGCCGAGUUCGACGAGUUCCUCGACUGGAGGGCAAAAAAUUCUUAUAAAUGAGACUAAAAUUACUGUACAGUAUUAUAACUCUGUAAAUAUUCAAAAAUACGAUAUUAUUUAAGUACCUCAAAACCUGUUUGAUCUAGGAGAUUAUUGUUAUAAUAAAUGGUUCUUCGUAUAGAAUUUCGAAA